CUCCAUUACGGCGUUUGCGAGUCUGGAAACAGAAAUCAUCCUUUCAUGAGGCCACAUGCUCGAUAUGACAAAGUGACGCGUGUUUCAGAUUCAGGCGAAGCCUAAACUUUACACAUAGCACUGAAAAUAAUUAACUUAUAACACUUGACUUUUUGUUUUGAUUGAUUAUUAGCUAUUUGCACUAUUAAGUUUAUUUUAAUUUGAUAAAGUUUACGCACCAUGUUUCUAACCUCCGAAUCUCAGGACAGAAAACGAUGGAAAAGAACUUUUUAUCAUAGACAAUCGACUCAGUCAAUGAUGACAUUGACCGACUUCCUAUCAUUCAACGAAUGUUGCCAACAGAAAUAACUUUGUAAAAUAUUUCUAUUAAUAUAAAUCAAAAUCUCUGCUGCAAAGCUUUGUACAGACUAAAGUAAACAACAAUAACUUCCAAUUAUUAUUGGAAAAUUUAAAUAUAAUAAAUUAACAUAUGUUUCUACUUAUCUAGAAUUUAUGAUCAUGUUCACAAUGAAGAAAAUAUGAUAGAAAAAAGAAGAAAACAGCGGAUCCAUCGACAAUGUAAAGUUCCACGUUCCGAAUGGUCAAAUGACUCAUUCUUCAUUCAAUCCAUUCACCAUCAAUCAACAGAAAAAAAAUAAUCGUCUGUCACGGAGAAUUUAUUUCACAGUAAUAUUAUUUUUGUUGCUAAAUAAUAAUACACUAGUAAAAAAUUUCUUUGUUUCUUUAAUUCGCGUAAUUCAUUCAGUUAUUGCAACCAUGUUCAAUGUUUUUCCAUAGCAGUGAAUUUAACUUUACUCCGUCAUCGUGUAAUUGUCUCAAGUGCUCCGUGUCUUACUUAACUUUUGUGAAAACAUUUCUGUGAAUUGCGAUGUUGUGUAGAUAGUCAAUUGUUGAGUACCGCGUGUGAAAUGUCACAACAUGGAUGCCCAGAGAGACUGUCGAAUAGAUCCAAAGGUUUCCAGGAUGAUGGACCGAGUCAGCCUACGAUGGAGGUUCUUGUGGAAACCCUCACGGGAACCGCGUUUGAAAUGACCGUGCUGCCGACGGACACCAUUUUUGCCAUUAAAUCGAAGAUAUUCAGGGUCGAAGGUAUCCCGGUGUCCCAGCAGCACUUGUUAUACAAUCUCAAAGAGUUGGAGGACUCGUCGUGUCUCCGCGAGCAUGCCAUCGGCGACGGAGCGCGGCUGCGGCUGGUGCUGGGCAUGCGCGGGGGGCCCAUCUCCACGCGCCGCCUGCCGCCGCCGCCAAACACGGAGCCCUGGAGGGACAUUGAACGCCUGCUCGAUACUAAUAGAGAGGACGUGGAGUGGGGCGGCAGUGGGUGCAAGGUGACGGUGCUGGUGUUCCGCGACGGGGAGCGCGUCAACAUGCUGCGCGUCAAGGAGAACCACGACGGGACAUACUCCCCGCUCGAACAACAGAAAUAUUCGAAUUCCCCGACACUGACGCAGCUGCUGGAGCGUGACAUCGGCGACAUCAGUCCCCCGCCGGUGGGCCCCGUCAGCGCCGUCAGCCGGGCCGUCGCGGCCGCCGCGGCGUCGGGCCCGGGCUCGUUGCACGACAACGCCAUCACCAUGGGCAAGAUGCUCGACCUGCGUCGCCGCAUGGAGACACUCUCCGUGCAGAGGGCCGCGCCACGCGCUCGCGCUGACACUCCCGAUAAAGUAGAAAUACAGAAGACUCGUAGCGAAGAAACACUAUCCGUCCCUAGCCUACUGGAGGAGAGCGGCGGCGGGCUGAAGCAGCGCGCGGCGUCGUACGCGCCGUUCAGCGAGGCGGACGACUCGUUCCGCGCCGCCCCCGCCUACACCGCGCGCUGCGCCUGCGCCGCGCCGCGCCCCGCCUUGCUGCCGCCGCUGGCGCCCGCCGCCCCGACCCGUCCCGGGGACGCCGCGCAGCCCGACUACGGAGGCUUGGUGUGCGGGUCGUCUCGGUCGUGGGUGUCGCUGGGCGCGGCGCAGUCUGCCGCGUCGCUGCACGUGCUGUCGUCGUCCACGUCCGAGCUCGAGAAGCUGCGCGGCCCGCGUCUGCUGCCCGCCCUGUCGCGGCAUCGCCCGCGCGAGCAUCUGCAUCUCAGCGAUGAGCGCCUCGACGUCGCGCCCGCGCCCCCGCCGCCGCCGGCGCCGGCGCCCGAGCCGGCCGCGGCCCCGGCAGAGGGCGGCGGGGGCGGGGGCGGGGCGCGGCGUCGCGCGCGGUGCGGGCAGUGCCGGCGGCGGCUGAGCAUCGCGACGGUGCACCGCUGCCGGUGCGGCGGCUGCUACUGCGCGGCGCACCGCUACGCCGAGUCGCACGGCUGCGCCUUCGACUACCGCGCUGCCGCCGCCGCCGCCGCCGCGCCCCGCCGCGACGCGCCGCUACACGCGCCCAAGCUGCCGCGCAUCUAGGCCCGGCCUAGCCUUAAGAUAAAAAUGUUCAAAAAUCCUCCGCCAUGUGUGUGUUUGUUUUCUUUUCUAAUGAAAUCGUCGUGGAAAAAAAUUGCAAAAAAAAUAUAUGUAAUAAAUAAUUGUUCGCUCUAAAAUAUCGGCCCCGGUGACGUCGAGGUGCUUCACUCCGUGCUAGGACACGCGUAUGGUUUCUACCGCCGGGCGCUCGCCGGCCCCGCGCCUCCGGGCGGCGCGACCCUUUGGACGAUCGUUAUAUUUAUUACUGAUGCCGAUCGCCCGCCCCGAGCCGCGCGUCUCCAGUUCCAAAUGUUAAAGUUGAUACAGUACAAAUGAGAAAUAGAAAUUGUAGCAGCAAAUUUAUAUAAAUGUUAAAUAGCUCCAGUACGAGGGUGUACAAACAUUCGCCUGAUAUCCCUUCUCUUGUUGUUAUGCGGGUCCUUUUGGACCCUUGUUACACGUCUUUUGUAAAUACUUUCGUAUCGUAGUACUCGUAGUACAGGAAAGUAUCUGUAUUGUAAACAAAAGACUGCGAUUGUAAAGUGAUGCGAUGUUAUUGUAAUACGCAGGCGACGCUACACUUGUAGUGGAGUUAUACAAGCGUUGUUGUUGUCGUCCGGUGAGCACUCGGCCUAAUUUGUUGUUGUAUAAUACAUUGUAUAACACUAGAUUAAUUAAUGCUUAAAACAUAUUAAUUUUAUAUGAAUAUCAUACUCGCCGGUACGUACUCGGUGUCAGUCGGCUGCGCCGACGAUGUUACUCGUUGCAGGUUAACGUUCAUGGCGACCGUGAUACCUAAAUUAUCCUAAUGUUGUACCAAAUUAACUAAAUGAGUAAUACGUAUCACUAGAACUAAUCCUGAAGCGUAACGCCCCGCAAAUUGGCUGGACGGCGCGCCACGAACGUUUUGCUUGGAACAAAUGUUGCAUGGCCUACUGUAAAUAUUCGGGUUCUAAUAAUUUAGAACUGUAGCUAUAUUGUGUUUAGUGUACUAGUGCAUGCACGAGGUACACACACAUACAUACAUAUAUUGUAAUGUUGACAGAUGAUAUAGUUUUGUACUGUUACUGACUGUGCGGUGCAACUCGUCAGUCCACUUAUUAAUCAUUAUUGUCGGCUGGGUUUGCCAAUUUUUCGUAUUUGAUUGUAUAAUUUAAGUUUAUAGUUAAUGUUUAUUUGGGAGAAAUAAUUUUGGCUGAUUUCGAUAAUAAAUAUUUAUAACGCGAAAGCGUCAAACAAUUUAUUUACAUUUUUCACACUUAAUAUUAAUUAAUAACAAUAUAAAACUAUUAUUUGGAAUAAUAAAAUCUAUUUAAGUACUAAAAUAUUUUGACUUGACAAGUCCCGGGUAGGGAAACACCUAGUAACAAAUGAAUUAGCUUAUAAAAUUGAGCAUUACAUUGAGUUACAAUAACAUUAAGUAAAUAAUAGGCAGUUAUACAAUGUUGAUUAAAACUAUCCAAGUCUUAUAGACAACAGUAAAGAGUACACAUUAAUUGAUAAUACAAAUUGAAGUGAACCAUAUUCAAACAAUACUGUAGUCUUUUAGAAAAGUUUGACACAUUGAAAUACCACAAGAUUACAUUGAAUGAAUAUAAGUACUUUGUAUUUGACUGUAGGACACCAGUGACAAACAUUACAAAGUUUCACGCUAUAUAUUUAGUAACUAUGUAGAUUAGGAACAAUAUUAUAUUGUCCGUUUCAAACCUGCGACUAGGAGUAAUGACUUCGCUCUGUGACACUUGUUAAUACGUAAGUAUUACAUUUGAAAACCUUAACUACGGCCACAAAAUAUCUUCUCUUUAUUUUAUUUAUAACUUUACACACCUUCUGCAAGUAAACGUUGGCUGUAUCAUAGUACUUGGUCAUCAGUUUCUCUCAGAAAACAUUCGAAAAUUUCAACAAAAUUGUCAAUACCUUCUCUGAAAUUCUCAUCGAUUUGCUUUUCUUCAUCACCAUUGAAGAAGGCGUGCGCAAAGUCAAUGAUCUUGACGGUGCCCCACGGGUUGGGAGUAGGCGAGUCGUAGGACAAUUGGUCCAACAUGGCUCUGUAGUUCAUCUUGAUCUUAGAGAGUUUGUUCUCAUAGUUGUGUUCGAAGGAGUGGUUGUGGUUGAAACUGGCGAGGGCUUCAGACCACGGCGACUUGAUAGGCGGUGGGGGUGAGAAGCUAGAGUGGGACAUAGGGGAGAGCGGGACGGAUUGUAGUUUCUUAUACACGGGACCUUUCGAGGAGAUCUGGCCGCUGAAGUUGGAGCCCGAGCCCACGCUGUGCAGGGAGUGUCGCCGCCGGGGCACGGACGCUGGGCGACAACCUACGCGAGCUCUGGAAGGUAAAUGGGUAAUAAUAAAUAUAG